GCGUGAUUUAUCGUAGCAAAGGGGAAAAAAGAAUCAUGGGCAGUCUUUCGUUCUUCAAGAUUCCUGGGGAGUUUCACAGGGCUCCGGAUCCACACCCAUGGAAAGAUCUCGAUCACGAAGUUCCAGUGGUGGACAUAUCCAACUUGGAGGAGACCGACUCAAGGGAGAGAGCACUCCAAGCUCUCCGGGACGCCUGUGAGAGCUGGGGAUUCUUCCAGUUGCUAGGACAUGGAAUUCCCCGCGAGCUCAGCGACGAGAUGAUGGAGGUGGCCUACAAGUUCUUCGAUCUUCCAGCCCAAGACAAGCUCGUCUACUACUCGGACAAUGUCUUGGACGAGGUCGGUUUUGCGACCAGCUUCGAGCCUCCGAAGUUCGAGGUGUCCAAGAGUCGGCGGCCAAGCGCAACCUGGAAGGAGUUUUUCUUCCAGAUGUGCUCCCCACCUUGCGAUCCAAGCAAUCUUCCAGAAAAUCCCGCGCGCUACCGAAACGUCUCCACGAGUUAUGGAGCGGAGAUCACCGCUCUGGCCAGGCGGCUGCUGGAGCUCUUCUCGGAAUCUCUGGGACUUGAAGCGAGCGAGCUCGCCGGGAGAUUCGAAGGCGAGCUCAUGUCCAUGAGGCUGAAUCACUAUCCUCCCUGCCCGGAGCCACAGCUCACCAUUGGAAUCCAGCCUCACUCGGACAUAAACGCCUUCACGAUCUUGCAGCAGGACGUAGAGGGCCUUCAAGUUCUUCACGAUGGAGCGUGGGUGACUCUCAAGCCUUUACCCGGAGCUCUCGUGGUCAACAUUGGAGACCAGCUCCAGAUUCUCUCCAACGAUAAGUUCAAGAGCGUGGAGCAUCGAGGAGUGGUCAAUGCCGAAAGAGCUCGAGUCUCUAUCGUCUGCUUCUACAGCCCCGGUCUGGGUGCUCGCAUUAGGCCCAUCCCGGAGCUUGUCAACGAGGAAUGCCCCGCGAAAUACACCGAAAGUUUGUAUGGAGAAUACGCCAAAGCCUCUCUUAGCAUGGAGCUCAAUAGGAAGAGCGCUCUGUCCACUCUCAAAGUUGACGUAUGAAAAGAUAAUUUUGUUUUCGAACAAAAAGAGAAUCUUAAGCUUUAGAAAAAGUAAAUUCAAAG